GGCCAGUGAAAAUACGGCAGGUGCUAGGACCCAACGGAACUCAGCAACUUCAUUUGGAGGUGAAGCAUCUCCUCAUGGGUGUGGUUCCGUUUUAGGCAGGUACAGAAAAGCCAGUUCAUCCACAUGUGCACCACUCUGACUCUAUUGCGGCUCUCUCCAAACCAUUUCCAGGAUAUUAGCGGCGUUCACACCUGUUCGCUAACCUGCAAGCAUGUUUCUGGCAAAGGCGAUCCUGGAAGGGGCAGAUCGGGGUCUUGGGGAGGCUCUUGGGGGCCUUCUUGGAGGAGGUGGUCAGGGAAGAGGAGGAGGAGGAGGAGGAAGAGGAAGCAACAUUGGAGGGAUCAUUGGAGGAAUUGUCAAUUUUAUCAGUGAGGCUGCCGCAGCUCAGUACACCCCAGAGCCGCCUCCCCCGCAGCAGCGGCAUUUUACCGCUGUGGAGGCGUCAGAAAGUGAGGAAGUCAGGAGAUUUCGGCAGCAGUUUGCGCAGCUGGCUGGACCCGACAUGGAGGUGGGUGCCACCGACUUGAUGAAUAUCCUCAACAAAGUCCUUUCCAAGCAUAAGGAUCUGAAGACCGAGGGCUUCAGCCUUGACACCUGCAGGAGCAUCGUGUCUGUCAUGGACAGUGACACGACAGGGAAGCUGGGCUUUGAGGAGUUUAAGUACCUGUGGAACAACAUCAAGAAAUGGCAGUGUGUUUUUAAGCAGUAUGACCGGGACCAUUCCGGCUCUCUCAGGAGCUCCCAGCUGCACGGGGCCCUGCAGGCGGCAGGCUUCCAGCUAAACGAGCAACUCUACCUAAUGAUCGUCCGUCGGUACGCUGACGAGGACGGCAGUAUGGAUUUCAACAACUUCAUCAGUUGCCUGGUUCGCCUGGAUGCCAUGUUUCGCGCUUUCAAGUCUCUGGAUCGUGACGCGGAUGGCCUGAUUCAGGUGUCUAUCCGAGAGUGGCUGCAGCUCACCAUGUAUUCCUGACAUGGGUGCAGAGAGGUGGAGCCCCCAUCCCUGAAGGACCAGACUGCAGAAAGCAUGGCUGUGGGCGCCACAGCUCAUAUCCCACCCAACAGCUACCAUUUCCUGGUGGGCUCUUAUAACGCUGCAUAGUACUCAUCGUAGCGUACACUUUACUGCUUGAUUAAAACUAAAUU